AAGACAUGUCUGAUGCAGGAAUUAAGUUUGACGUAAAAGAACAGAAAGAACGGGAAAACUUUACACAAUUGCUUUUUACCGUUCAAGGCCCGUGUACUUGGUGCUUAGAAAAAACUCUUUUAAAGUACGUGCUAGAUUCGGGUACAACACUUGAUAAAUUUCUGCAUUCAAGAAAAGAAGACAUACUUCUUUCGAGAGUCGGACGACAGAGAAAGUUCGACUUUUUCCCACAAAAUGGAACAGGCACGGAUUUGGAGACCUGGGAUGUACAGAUGUACUGGCUCAUAUUAACAAAUAUUUUACAAAAGGUGACGAAGACGCAAAAACAUGACAUAGAAUGUGUAAAAGAGAUUCGAAACAAACUAUGUCACCUGCCCAAUCCAAAGGUGAAUGAGGACGAAUUUAAGCUUUAUCAUAGACAGAUUACGACAUUUAUCGACGAAACAGUAAAAUUUAUUUCUGAUAAAGCUUUUGAAACAAAAGUCAAAUGUGGUCUAAAAGAAAUAGCAACUCCACUUCAGCAAACAGUUUCUAACAUAGUUCACACUGUGCAUCGGUUUUAUCAGGGGGAAACAACACUCAUGGAAGAAGUACAUGCAACUGUAAACCAUGUCAGCAAAAACCAGAUUCCAGAAAUGAAGGACAUGUUUCUGGAAAUCAAGGAACUUUUUUCCAGUCGCUUUCCUCGGAAUGAGCUAAAGCAGAUGAGAGCACCAGACGAGUCCUCGGUUACGAUGACAAUGCAAAACGUGUCUGAAAACGAAGAAGAAGAUCUAUCAAACAGGCUGGUUAAUCUUUUUAAGGAAGAGAUAAAUCCUUCAGAAAGGGAGGAAGUUCCCAUGCGAAAUGAUUUGUCUAGAGCCUUGCAAAGAGCCUUAACAAAAUUCAAGCAAUAUGGCACUUUGACCAAUGUCCAUCGUGGAAGCGUCGUGUUCUAUAUACAGUUCAAUUCAUAUUUAUCGUUCAUCAAUUGCUACGAUGAUGUGCUUGCCGGCAAACUGACAACAGAAUUUAAACCAUUGGAAAUAGAGUUGCAAAAACGUCUUCAAAGACCUUAUCUGGAACUUGAUGUGAUCAUUAAUACCAAUGAGGUCAAACACUUUCUCCAACAUUCUUUGCAACUGUUAAAACAGCUGGAUGAUGGUUUAGACGUGGACCAGGAGCAAACCUCUGACAAAGAAAUAGAGGGAAUGAGCCGCGUCUUAUCUAUGGUGCAGAGGCUCGAAACGCCCGUCAUUAAAGAGAGUCGCGACCCAGGCAAUCGAGUUCCAAAACAAAGCAGAAACAUGCCAAAGGUUUAUACAGCGAGCAGUUUAGUAUCACAAUGUGAAGAGCAGAGAAAAAGUAGAAACGAUACAGACACGCAAAGGUUAACUCUGAAUCUUUCGGAGAAGGAAAAGGAAAUACAAAGAUUAAUUCUGAAUCUUUCGGAGAAAGAUGAGGAAAUACAAAGGUCAGAACAAAGAGUUAAACGUUUGGAUGAUAAGAAGAAGAGGUUAACUCUGAAUCUUUUGGAAAAGGAAGAGGAAAUACAAAGGUUAAUUCUGAAUCUUUCGGAGAAAGAUGAGGAAAUACAAAGGUCAGAACAAAGAGUUAAACGUUUGGAUGAUAAGAAGAAGAGGUUAACUCUGAAUCUUUUGGAAAAGGAAGAGGAAAUACAAAGGUUAACUCUGGAUAUUCGGGAAAAGGAAAAGGAAAAAGAAAGGUUAACCAUACGACGACACAUAAAGGACAGGUUUGGAAAGUUAUACCUUCUCCGUUUCUUGUAA